CCGUCUAGUUUACCUGGUUUGAGGUGUCAAAAAUGUUGUCGCCUGUCGACAACUUCUCUGAAAAUGAGAAAUGUGUCAACGUGAAGCACGAGGUGCAGCUGUCAUCGCCUUACUCGCAACCAUUGCAGCCAUAUCCAGUGUCGCCCUGGCCCAAUCCCCGCCACAACAGCGCCUGCCGCCGGAUUACGUAAAGGGAAUACUCAGCCUGAAGAGCAGUCUGCUGGCCAACAAGCAGUCCAAUUCCGGAAUCAGAUUCGGCAUGAGGUAUACGCCACAAUUGGAGAAUAAACAGCAUCUCGAAAGUCCGCAGCAGGAGAUUCAGGUUGAGCACGUCGCCAAUCUGAGGCACUGUCCGCCAGCUCACAGAUCCCUUGUUCACUCCCAGAUGCCGCAGGUCAAGUUGAAUCGAUAUAGCCAGGAGUUUCCGGCGCCCCACCUCUUCCAGCCGCCCUUUGUUCCUCUGUCAACAAGGCAGGAGUCACCACAACUGGAGGCACAAGACUCACUGGAUUCACCACCCACUGCCGAGCAACUGGAGUUGCUGCAACAGUUGUCCGACUUUUUUGGCCAGCGGCAGCAGCUGCAACAACAGGUGCAACAACAGGGGCAAUCGGCGGGCUGUGCUCCGGAUAAAAGUGUGGGAAAAGAACUGUGCGAUGCUGAGCCGCCAGCAGAUGGUUGUGAAACCACAAGGGAACCCGACAAAACUGAGGAGGAAGAUUCAGUUUCCGUGGAUGUUAAGAACAAGCCGGCCGAGGAGACCACCACAACUCAGCCGAAACCUACAGUGAACCCCAAAACAAAGACCACCAAGCCGAGUAUCGCCAAGUCCACAACUCAUAAGCCUAGGACGACUCGUACAACCAAAUCUACAACAAAAAAGCUACCCUGUUGCACCAAGCCACUGAAGCAAUCCCUUGCAAAGGCUCCCAAUAUCAUAAGUUUUUCGCUGAAUAUUGAAAACGAUGAAACCGAGGAGUCAAAGUCCUUGCAUCAACAACAUCGUAGUGGUAGGCACGUUAUUCAGCCUGAUUUGCGUAUAAAUGCCAUUACCAACUUACUGAGAUAUCGCAGAAAACGAGCUCAGGGCGCAGCUCCAUUUCCAAUGCCCUUUUCGCAGUUAAAGGAUCAAAAACUGGAUUCACAAAGUCGACAGAAACGAAGAAAGGAUAAGAUCCUGGACAGAAAGCAACUCCUGCAGGCUGAGCUUAAAAUAUGGCCCAUUAGCAUACGAUCAAGUUAAUAAUAAUUAUAUUUUUUAAAAACUUA